GCCUACAAGCACAACAACCAUCAACGAUGUCAGGCAUGUUGCUCCAUUGCCCACGUGGAUGCAGGACGGCAUUUGUUCUUCGCCUCGCCACAUUGUACAGGAGUGAGAGGACCUGUGGUGCAACAUACAUAAGUCUGAAUAGGUAGGUGGAUAUUUUUAUUUUCGUCUAAUUACUGGUUUGCACAGGUGGUGGGGAAGGGGGAUGGGGCUGACGAGAAUGUGGGUAGAUCAUAAAUGUUACGCGCCAACACCCCUUUACAUCGUCUCCCCCACCAUUUAAUUGGCCAUAUGACCGGGUUGCGCACACCAUGGGCAUGACGGUGAGAGGAGUGAGGCAGAUGGUCCACCACGCCAACACAUCUUCCCUUUCCACACCGGCAACACCAAUUACACCGACCGUCUUUGACAACUUUGCAGUUGGUGCCAUACGGCGUCACAUUCAUUGGAGGUUUGCCGACAAGCAACAUCUCACACUCAGUGUGUUGUCGAUGGAGCUUAAAGCAGAAGGUGUUAUCCCUGAACAUACCUCAGAGACGGCGGUUUGGCGGCUUAUACACACCAUGGGGUUUAAAUACAAGGUAUCUCAGCGAAAGAUGUACGUGAGAAGGGAAUCCCCUGAUGUGGUGUGUCGCCGGAUUGGUGCUCUCCGGGCUCUCCAGCACUACCGGGAGGAAGGGAUGAUGGUGGUUUAUGUGGACGAGACGUGGUUCACCACCAGAAUGGGUCAUAGCAGGGAGUGGGUGGAUACCACACAGGCUGUCACCAGCGCCACCCACAGUCAACAGGUACCACCUGGAGAAGGGGAGCGUUUUGUAGUGGUCGCAGGUGGCACGGCCGGCGGCUUUGUUGAAGGCUCUUAUCUGUGCUACCCGGCCAAGUCCUCCCAGGGUGAUUACCAUGGUGAGAUGAAUGGCGAUCUAUUCCAGCGGUGGCUAACGACCCACCUCCUGCUGUCACUGCCAGAACCCUCUGUACUGGUGCUUGACAAUGCACCUUACCACAGCCAACUGACAGAGGAGAGUCGAUGCCCCACCACAGCCACCAAGAAGGCAGACCUCAUCAGCUGGCUCGAGCACCGCAGUAUAUCCAUCCCACCCGCUGCCGCACGCCAUCAGCUGCUGCUCCUCUGUCAGCAGAACCGCCCAGAGCCCCAGUACAAGAUAGAUAACACCAUUCAUGAGUGGGGCCACCAGGUCGUACGACUGCCACCUGGCCAUCCUGAGCUCAAUGCCAUUGAGCAAGUAUGGGGGUGCAUGAAGAGCCAUGUGCGUUCCUCCCUCCGGCAAUUCACUCGGGCAGACCUGCAGGCCAGGUUAGAAGAGGCCAAGCAGUUAGCAAAUAAGGACGUAUGGUUGGCAGCGGCCAGACAUUCUCAAAACUAUGAAAAAGGGUACUGGAGGUCUGAUAACAUCCAUGAGCCGGUGGGACCCGUAAUCAUCAACGUCGCCAGCGAUGAUGAAAGCGAGGAGGAUGAUGAUGUGUUCCUGGACAGUGACUGCGAUUAAAUCGUGUACUAUCA